AUGGCUUUCAAGCUUCGGGAGCCGAGGAUUCAAUUUUUUCAAUCCUCUUUUCCUUACUUGAACAACAACGCCCUAACGAAAUACCUGCGAAAGCACACUCGUCAUUGGCGCUCAGAUGAACCUCAUCCUUCCAAUCACAGAUAUCUUUCGAUUGCAAGUGGUCAUUAUGGCAUUUAUUUCACCAUCCUUAAUCAUGAGUUACGCAGGGAAGAGAAGGCAGGACUCAACGAUACAAACUCCCACAUUCUUUUAGUUUUCCCUUCGAGCACUCCAUUGGCUCAGUCUAUUCCAUAUUUGAUUAUAAGCAAGGUUAAAGAUGAGGUUUACAGUCACAUCAACCAUCUCAAGGAUGUCUCGAGAGAGCUCUUGUCGCUGUGGGCGCUUGUGAAACCAAGGAGCCUUAAGCAGCAGCGAACAUUCAUCAGACAUUUUUCCACCAGCGGGGCAGAGUUAGAUCGUGAUCCUUUGAAGCUCUACUCUUUGCUGCAACCCAAAAUCGAGGAGUUGCCAGUCGAGCCGACAGAGGAGCAACCCUUUGAAGAUUCCUUCCAGAAAACUCAAGCUGAGAACAUCAUGAGAAUAUACAACAACCAUACAUCUUCAGAGGAGUUAGACGUCAUAUAUCCACUCUACCAAUCGCUUAAGCGGAAUGACAUCCCACUUCCGUCGAUUUUGCAUUACAAUAUUGUCCUUGAGUCUAUUUUGUUGAGACUGCUCGACAACCAAACUUUGUCGCUCACUGCCAUUGAGUCCAGACUCACAAAUCUUCUUACUGUGUAUCAGGACGUUCUUCGCUUUUGCUCAAAAAGCUCUUUGAAGCCAGAUUCUACAACGUACGACCUUGUGUUGAAAGGAGUUUUCGAUGGCUGCGUCGACACGAUCACCGCUGGCCGGUCACCCGUUGUUGCCCAACACAUUUACCACGAGUUCGAGGCCAAAGCUCUGGAGUUUUGCCAGGUGGGUGUCGAGUUGUUUAUGUCCUUGAAGGAUCACCAGGCACUUUCACUAACUUCUCUUAUGCCAAGCUUGUUAGCUGCUGUCACUAGUUACCCUCAGGUUUUAAGUGCAGAACUUAUCAAGAAGAUUUUGGAACUUCGAGACAUUCCCGUCGGUGAUGGAUAUUUCUAUGUCGGCUUGAUUGACUUAUCGAAAUACUUCGCGUCCACCGGCGUUGAUGGACUGAGCAAAGAGGAAAUCCACAAAUAUUUAAUUUCAGUCUAUGAGGAUUUCAAGUCCAACACGGACAGAUUUCUGGAUCUCCUUGCCUAUGAAUACAACGUUUACUCUGCAUUGAUACUGGCAUUGAUAGGCAAUGGCAACUUGCUGUUGGCAACGAAAUUUUUGGAUGAUAUUUUAAGAGAUUAUAGGUCUGCUUUGCAGGCAUCAGCCAAGGAUAUUGAUAUCGCAAAGCAGAAAGUCUCUUCGCUUCUCUCAGUGUAUCUCGAGGCUAUCAUGGAGACGGGCACAACAUCUGAGAUUCACAGGUCAUACAACCUUUUAGAGAAAUUCAAUAAGGUUCCUUAUCUUCCUGAGUUGUCUACUCAUGUUUACAACAAAUUGAUUGGUCACUUCAUCAACGAAUACUCGUCACUCGAGAUGCAAAAGGAGUCGAGCAAAAGCGAAAAGUUGCUCAAGGCUCAGAAGACAUGUUAUGACAUUAUUUGGAGACUCUAUGAGAGCGUUGCGAUCCGCUCCGACUUUCAAAACUCUCAGUAUGAUGCUACCAUCUUUCCAAAAAAAUAUGCUAGUUGCAGAGAGCAUUUGUUGUCGUUGAGUAUCGACUUAAACGACCAAGCAAAGAUUCUUCGCAUUGUGAAAGAAAUCAUCGCCAAGAAUCAUGCGAUCGUGGAUUGGAAUGUCUCCAAAAAGUUAGUCAUAUACCUUGUUAACGCUUCUGAAAUGUUGAACAAUGACGAAUACACCAACUUAUGUUGGUCAAUUUUAGAACAGCAAUCAACUCAUCAUUUCGAAGACUCAACAAAACUCAACAGUUUCGUGAGUGAGCAUAUUCCUUACCUCACACAGUUUACGACUGAGGUAUCUUCGAACAGGUUGUCUAAUUCUCCGAUGAUUAGAAACGCGUUUGCUGGUUUUCAACUUUCUUCUGAUAACAUUUUUGGUUUGAUGUGUGCUAUGAACUACUUUAUGCAAGUGGCAACUUCACAAGAGCUAAGCAAUGAUGAUAAAGUAAAAGUGUUGCAAUACCAAGCAAAUCUCAUCAAGGAGUUUGAAGACACAGAAAACCAUUACUUGCAGCUCUCUGAUGAGCUUAUUCAGUUUAAGACCAACGUCAAGAAUUCAUUCGUAUGGCUAGCAUCAUCGCUCCCAUCUGAUGUACGUGUUACACCAGAUAUCACACAAGUGUUCAAGCUUCUUGGUUUAGAGGCACCAUCUGGAGUCGGUGAGCGAUUAAACGCAAUUAUGGCUUUGGAUUACUCAGAGCAACUCUCGAUUGAAUUCUCAAAAGGUGUUGACCUUGUCAUCACCGCGUUAAAACAUGGUUACAAUUUCAACGCGCUCACAUGGAAGGUGAUUAUCAACAGAAAUUUUGUCAUCGAUGUUUUAGCAAGAGAGAAGAGCAUCAUGAUCUUUGACUUUAUUGCCAGGCUACUUCACCUGUCUCUUGAAGUCAAUGAGAAGCACGCUUUACUUGCUCAGAUCAUAUCAUUUAACCAUGAAAAGAUUAACAUUGAGAUAAUGAAGAUGUUGCUCACCGAUGAUUUCAAGGAAUCUCUAGGAAGUGGUCGUGUUAUGGAUGCAUUUGCCAAUUUUUUCAUGCUGACAAGCAACAAGUACUUCGUGUCAUUAUUCGAGAGAAGUUUUGAAACCUUUGUGAGCAGUUGCGAGAACAACAAGUGGCUUGCUAAGGCCAUUUGCAAAGUCUCAUCCACAAACAAACUGCACUUGGUUGAGUUGAUACCCGAUCAACGCAUUUAUUCGCUUGAUGCUCAAAACCAGGACGAUGUCGAGCUCCUAGCUUCUGUUGUCACUUGUUUCAUCGACCUUAAUCGUGACGCUGAAGUCACUAAGCUUAUGAAACAUUACUAUUCUGGCGAUGGGGGUAAUCGUGCAUUGAUGAAUUCUAACAAGAUGAUAUCUGUGUUGGUUGACUUCUACAUUAGGAAAGGGGACUAUGAUGUUGUUCUUGACCGAUUCGAAGAGUUUGCUGAUCGUUCAUUGGAACUCAAGCAAGCUGUCAAGUUUGCGAACUUGAUGGCUGAACUAUCAGGACACAAGGCACGCAGAACAAGUACCAAAGAUGACGAAGAUAUCUCAACAUUUGCCUUGAGCCUUCUCUCUUUAAAGGACUUUGGACAGAUGUCCAAAUUGCUCGAGCUGAACAAAGUUUUCUUGAGGAACAAAACAGCGCUUUUUGAUUCAUUGGUGUACUACUUGACGAAAGCUUCCACUUUAAGUGCAGAGAAGACCUCAAACAAGCUCAAAUGCAAGUUUGAAGCCUUAAUGAGACUUUCCAAAGUGAUGCGAUUGAAAGAACUAGCAGUGGAUAGUUUGAUCAAUGUCAUACGUCUCUUGGCCGCGAUGAGAGCCAGAGACUUAUUGAACAUUCUUGUGAACAAAUUCGUCAACAGGAAUGAAACUGCAUCGGUGAUUAACCUUUACUUCUUGCAAAUAAAAAUCUCUUCCGCUCACGAGGCUAACAAGCUCAAGCAGGAGUUUGAGUCGGCAUUGCGCAGUGUUGGUGACGAGAUUAACUUGGCCAGCUUAAAGCAGGCUGUUUAA